UGCUACUGAAAAUUUGUGGAGGAACCAAGGACUUUUACUUGUGUGUGCUAGAAUGCCUUUUAAAGCUAGUUUGGAGCUAACAGAAUUGCAGAAUAUGAACACUCCUGAGGAUGACAAUAUCAGCAAUGACUCCAAUGAGCUGAUAGAGGCUGACGGCACACGAAUAAGUAGCAAGUUUAUUGCUGACCGUGAAAGUAGAAGAAGUCUUACAAAUAGUCACCUGGAAAAAAAGAAAUGUGAUGAUUAUACUCCAGGGACAACGUCAGUGGGAAUGUCUGUUUUCAACCUGAGCAAUGCUAUUAUGGGUAGUGGAAUUCUUGGCCUUGCUUUUGCUUUGGCUAACACAGGAAUUGUUCUCUUUGUGCUGCUUUUAAUUUCAGUGACGCUGUUAUCGGUCUACUCCAUAAACCUUCUGCUAAAAUGUGCUCAAGAGACAGGUUGUAUGGUAUAUGAAAAGUUGGGCAAAGAAGUGUUUGGUACACCAGGUCAGUUGCUAGUGUUUGGAUCCACAACUCUUCAAAACACUGGAGCAAUGCUCAGUUAUCUCUUCAUUGUAAAAAAUGAAUUGCCUAUUGUUGUCACAUUCCUGGUUGGAAAAGAAGAUUCAUUUGAGGCAUGGUAUCUAGAUGGCCGUAUUCUUGUAAUCCUUGUGACAGUCUUCAUAAUUCUUCCAUUGUGUCUUCUGAAGAAUCUAGGAUAUCUUGGAUACACCAGUGGAUUCUCGCUGACGUGUAUGUUUUUUUUCCUUGUGGUGGUGAUCUACAAUAAAUUUCUAAUAAAAUGCCCCUUCCUUCCCGCAAAUGGAACAUCACCUGUUGAAUCUGAAGAACUAUGUCAACCAAAAUAUUUUACAUUCAAUUCUAAGACUGUUUAUGCAUUGCCAACGAUAGCAUUUGCGUUUGUGUGUCACCCAUCAGUCCUUCCUAUAUACAGCGAACUUAGAGACCGCUCAAAGAAAAAAAUGCAACUGGUUUCACAUAUAUCUUUCUUUGCUAUGUUUGUUAUGUAUCUUACUACUGCAGUUUUUGGAUAUCUGACAUUUCUUAGCAAUGUGCAAGCCGAGCUGCUUCAUACAUACGAAGACAAAAAAGAUGUUCUUAUUCUGACUGUGCGUCUAGCCGUGAUAAUUGCAGUCAUACUCACGGUGCCAGUGUUAUUUUUUACCGUUCGCUCAUCUCUGUUUGAAAUGGCUCAGAAAACAAAGUAUAAUUUUUGGCAGUAUCUCUUAGUAACAGUAUGUCUGUUAACCAUAAUUGAUCUGCUGGUGAUUUUUAUACCAUCUAUGAAGGAUAUUUUUGCUGUAGUGGGAGUAACAUCUGCCAAUAUGUUGAUCUUCAUACUCCCCUCAUCGUUGUAUUUGAAACUUACAAGCACAGAGGGAUUAUCUAAAGAUAGGUUGUGGGCAUUUGCCUUCUUGGCAUUAGGGGUGUUGUUUUCAAUAAUAAGCAUUCCCCUUGUCAUCUAUGACUGGGUCAACUCAGAAAACUGACGGGAGAAAUAUUCCUGCUAACAUUCAUGUUGUCUAAUAUCACUGCUGCCACCUUGCUUCAAGGGAAUAACAACUUUUGAAGAAGCGUUAUAACCAUUACCCAUUAAGUGUUUUUUUUUGUAAUAUUUAUAUUUUCUACCGUAUGGUGUUUUAUUCUAUUUUUUUCACAGCAAUGAGGGGUAUGCAUGAAAAGUGAUUUUGAUGCAAGGUUUCUUAUCACCAUAGCAACCAAAUGAAUACUGAAAUUAGCUUUUUGAACUUUGCACCAGGUUCACUUUUUAUUAUAACCCCUCAAUAACUUUAUUUAGUACAAUUUGAAAACUUUCCAGUGCUUCCUGUUGUGUGUUAUUGUUUAAUACAUUUUGUGUUUGUUUUUUCUUUUCUUUUUACUGUCUAUAAUCUGCCAUGAUUCUAAAUUUGA